GACUAGAUUUUGCCCACCCAGUCGAAUCUCCAAAUAUUUAUAUAUCUCUCUCUCUCUCAAUUUUCUCAGUUCCGAUCCUACCCGCCAAAGGCAAACCAUAAUAUAGACUCUUCUCUCCCAAUUCCCUCAUUGUCAGUGGUUUUCUAGGGUUUCCUAACAGACACCACAGAGUCAGAGCAAAGGCGAAGACGAAGAAGAAGAAGAAGAAGCAAAUGUCAGCUUCGACCGUAUCUAUCACGGCGAACCCGACGACUCGGCGGAGACCCGUCUUGGCCUCCGAGAAGAAAUCCAACAUUGAGUUGAUCGCCGCCGAACUGCCCCAACCUAAGUCCGCCGAUGAUAAAACCGCCACGGCUAAUGGCAGAGAUCUCAGCAAUCACUCCAUAAGAGGCGAAGCAUUCCUCGAACGCUCUUCGAGAGAAGCAGUACAACUCAAGAAAUCUGCACCCAAUUCAGCCGUCACGCCGCCCACGGUCCGGCGUUCUCGUAAACCCGUCCCUACCAGGCCUCGUUGGCUCACCGUCCUCAGCGUCUUCACCAAGAAUUUGUUUCUUCUCCUUGUGCUUGUGGGAUUGGUCCAGAUGGUACGGAAAGUCGCCCUUCGGUCCGGUGACGGUGGUUCCUCUGUGGCCUUCACGGACUUUGAGGGCCGUAUUGCGGGAAUGGAAGCGUUAGUGAAGACCACCGCUAAGAUGAUACAAGUGCAGGUGGAGGUCGUGGACCGUAAGAUCGAGAGCGAGGUUGGUGCUCUGAGGAAGGAAGUAACGAAGAAGAUUGAUGAUAAAGACGCUGUUUUAGAGAGACAGUUGAAGGAAUUGGAGGCCAGGAGUCAUCGGUUGGAGAGGACUGUGGAGGAGUUGAGGACUGGCAAUUGGUUGUCCAAGGAGGAAUUCGACAAGAUUUACGAGGACUUGAAGGAGGCUAGGAAUGGUGGAUAUGGUGAUAAGGAGGUCACAUUGGAUGAUAUAAAGGCGUAUGCGAGGGAAGUUGUCAGGAUGGAGAUUGAGAAGCACGCCGCAGAUGGGCUUGGGAUGGUGGACUAUGCUCUGGCUAGCGCUGGAGGCAUGGUAGUCAAGCACUCUGAACCACAUUUGGGGGGGGAGGGAAGUUAUUGGUUUCUGAGAAGUGCGAGAAAAGGCGUUCAUAAUGAUGCGGAUAAGAUGUUGAAACCGAGUUUUGGAGAGCCAGGCCAAUGUUUCCCGUUGAAAGGAAGCAGUGGAUUUGUUCUAAUUAGACUGCGCGCGGCAAUCAUCCCAGAAGCUGUUACGUUGGAACAUGUCGCAAAGAGUGUCGCUUAUGACAGAUCCAGUGCGCCCAAGAACUGCCGGGUUUCCGGGUGGCUGCAAGGGAAGGGUACUGAUUUUCCAGAUGAUACAGCUAAUAUGUUUCUUUUAACUGAGUUUACAUAUGACCUUGAGAAGAGCAACGCACAGACCUUCCAAGUAUUGGACUCAGCAGGCACUGGAGUUGUUGAUACAGUAAGGUGAGAGAGUGAUUGCGUUUGGGCUUCAAAGUAUGCGAGAAGAAGAAGAUUUGAACUGUUAUCCAAAAAGGGGUGGGUCAGACCGUCGUUUGCAAAAGGCCUGGUGGUGGCCUUUUAAAGAUUAGAUCAAUAGUCAACUGCGACAGAUUCUACAAAUCUAACGGUCUAAGACUCAUGCUCUCGACGACUCAACCACAUGAUGUCAUUCUCGCCGUCUACGCUAUGAUCGACGUUUUCUAUUCCUUGGCGUCGCUUGGACCUACAGAUAUAGAAACUUUGACAGCGUUCAACCUGUCUACUGCCAUCCCCACUCGCACCUCUUCUAAAUACCAAUAUACGCGCCUUCAUUAGCUCCCAACAUGUCCGGCUACAUAUUUCUUCUUUGUUUCAAAAUUUUAUAUCCUACAUAUUUUUGGUUUUGUUGAAUAAUUUAAGGCUUCUGAAUAUGUUUUUAUUGUAUUCUUUUGUAUUAAAUUAUUUAA